AAUCGUGCGGUGGCGGAUUAUCUUUUGUCGUACGGUUACCGCGAUACGUUAGGUGCAUUUUUACGAGAAACAGGCUUGAUAGAAAUUGAUGAUAAGAAAUCAACUGGUCUUCUGGAAAAGAAAUGGACGUCAGUUCUGCGGCUGCAGAAAAAGGUUCUCGAUUUAGAAGCAAAGUUGCAUGAGGCCGAGAAAGAAUAUAUUCAUGGGGCUCCUACGAGAGAUAAGCGGCAACCAGGAGAAUGGAUUCCUCGGCCUCCUGAGAAAUUUAGCUUAUCGGGCCAUCGUUCCCCAGUAACACGAGUCGUUUUUCAUCCCGUUUAUAACAUUAUUGCGUCAUCUAGCGAGGAUUCAACUAUCAAAGUUUGGGACUAUGAAAAUGGAGAAUUUGAGCGUUCGCUCAAGGGUCACACCGACGCCGUUCAAGAUAUCGCAUUCGAUGGCAGUGGAAAAUUAUUGGCAUCUUGUUCCGCUGAUUUAACGAUAAAAUUAUGGGAAUUCGUGCAGACAUACAAUUGUAUGAAAACUCUCAAAGGACACGACCAUAACAUUUCUUCAGUUACUUUCCUUCCAUCGGGAGAUCAUAUACUUUCGGCUUCUCGUGAUCAUCUGAUUAAAUUGUGGGAAGUAGCUUCUGGUUAUUGUGUACGAACUUAUGCAGGGCAUCGCGAUUGGGUACGCAUGGUUCGCAUCUCUUAUGAUGGAAAUACUUUCGCGUCUUGCAGCAAUGAUCAGUCUGUACGUAUUUGGAACAUGGCUUCAAAAGAAUGUAAAAUGACGCUGCAUGAACAUGAACACGUUGUAGAAUGUAUUGCAUGGGCACCCGAUAAAGCUUUACCAUAUAUUAAAGAGGCUGAUGAAAGUGAUUCUGUUGCAAUUAAAACUAAUGGCGAAAUUUCCAAUGAACAAAAGGAAAUCAAAAUGGGUCCCGUACUUAUUUCCGGUUCUCGAGACAGAACAAUAAAAUUUUUUGACAUUAACGCUGGAUUAUGUCUUUUCACCCUUAUUGGACAUGAUAACUGGGUACGUGGUUUGCGUUUUCAUCCAGGCGGUAAGUUUCUUAUUUCGGUGGGUGAUGACAAAACAAUGAGGGUCUGGACGAUCAGUCAGAAGCGAUGUAGCAAGACUAUAGAUUCUCACACUCAUUUCGUGACAUCUCUUGAUUUUCACCCGGCAUUACCCUAUGUCGUUACAUCGAGUGUUGAUAUGACGAUUAAAAUUUGGGAAUGUCGUUGA